UGGGUGGGCAAUUGAGGAUGGAAAAAGAAGGUUGAGCAUCGAUGGAAAAAUUAUAGCUGUCUCAGAUGCUGCCCUGACAACCAAUCAAGCCACUGACGGUCUUUUGACGCUCUUCCCAAUCCUGGCAAAUUCCGAACGUACGGGGCUCAACUGGAUGGGGUGAAACUAGGAGAAUCAUUCGAAUGGUGUCAUAUUCUCGACGACACGUACACAUCUCGUUUCAUUGGCAUACGAUCCAGUUCUCGGCAAGAAAUCAGCGUCUCGCUGGGUUCUUGGUUACAAUUUCUCGCUUUGGUGUGGACUUCCCGGCCGAAAGCUCCCCAAUUGUCGGAUGGACUGCUGCUACUGUGGUGGCCAAUUGCAUGUGGAUCAGAACCAACUUUGCUUGUUACUAUUUAGAUGAUCACAUGAUAGGAAUUACGUACGAUGUCUGAAUGGUCCAUACGCUGACUGAGUUGAAAUAGAUGUGGUAACUUUAAUUGUGUAUGGACCAUCGCGGUAGUAAAG